GGCAAGUGUCCUUUUGGAUCUCCGUGUGAGCAGCGCGUCCCUCCUGUAGUGCAUUUGCACUGGCACCUGUCCGCAAUGGGGGCGGUUGAGCGUCAGCUGCGUGCGCUGAUCCAUCGUGCCGCAACAGCGAAUCCGGCGGACCCCGAGGACGACCCGCACGCACACAUCAACGCUGCAUACACCCUCAUACAAGAGGGCAGCGACUCGUUCGGAGGGGGCAUCGGUGCAGGUAGACAAACACUGUCUGGUGGCGUAGGGGAGACGGCAUGUUUCUUCUCGUGUGUUGUGCAGAUGUGUUGGUGGUGUUUGCUGAGGCGGCCGCUGCACUGGGCCACCAUGAGGAGCAGAUCAUUCGUGCGCUGGAGGUACGCGAAGCCGGCCAACCUCUUAUAUGGCGUGGCCGUCUUUGUGUGUGCGGCAGUUGUUUGAGCGUUCGGAGCCCGAGGAUCUGCAGUGGAAUGCGAGGGCCAACAUCGUCAGGUAGUGCCUGGCCAGUCGGGGGGUGCAUGUGGCCGUCUGUAUGUAUGUAUAUGGGUCACAGGUGUCUCUACGAGGGGCGCAAGGCAUUGAGAGACAAGUGCCAGGGGGAUGAUCUCGUUGAGCAGAUCCACUUUGCCCUAGAAAGCCUCACUCAGGCACUGCAGAUCGCCGCCAAGAGCGAAAACAAGGCCAGGUAGGCAGGCUUUACACAUCCAGAACAACCGCCGCACAGCCUUCUGUGUUCAGGUAUGCAUUUGUGGUGUACAAUGCGAGUUUGGUGUUUGUGGAGGUGGUCCGCCCCCUGCUGCGGCCUGGGUGGUGCAAGCACCUCGUCGAGCCGCUGCAGAGCCUCAUCAAUGCUCUCAAGUAGCAACCUCAUGGAACACGUACGCUCCAUGCAGGCGACAGAUGUCGAAUGUCUUCCCUCCGUGCAGCGCUGCCUCUCCAGCUGUCGGUGAUGUGAAAGACAGCAAGAAAGGUGGCGGUGACGCAUCGGCGGCGUCUCAAGGCGUGCCAUGCCCUGUGGACACCAUGUGGAGGGUGGAGCUACUGCUGCAGCUUGCAUUCUGCCUUGAGGACGACAGCAAAGCCGCAGAAGCACAGAAGGUCAUGCAAACCAGUAGAGGCCUGAAUAGACAGCGUCCCACCUGGCUGUCUGUCUGUGCGUGUUUGCAGGCGCUUGAUGAGGCCGUUGCCAAAGUGAAGGGCUUUACUGACAUCCAGAGCGAAGCGCCAUGGAUGCCUCUCCUGAUAAUCAGGUGGGGCACGCGCACUCAAUUCCAUUCAUGCAGUGCAAAACGAGGGCGUGUCUCCUUUUCUUCUUUCUGUAUUCAGUGCUCGCUGCUACUUCUGCCGCACCAAUGCCAAUGGACAAGCAGCCCUCAAGAAGGACGUCGAGAGCUCCAAAUGGAUGAAAGUGGCCACCACGGUAAGGUACACAAUACACUUACCGAUACACUCAUGGGCAGGUGUGAUUGUCGAUGACCCUGACCAGGGGUACCUAGCCAUGUAUGGCGGCAUCGAGAAGGACCUGGACACAGAGCUUGUCAAGACCUGGGCCCUCAUCGAUCAGCCUUUCGAAGACACACUCAAGCAGGCAAGCGCCGCCCCGCCCCUCACUCCCGCCGCCCAUGCAGCGGAGAGCAAGCAGAAGGACAUUGAGGCCGACGCUGCGGCCACUGACACACCCAAGAGCCUGUCGUCGGAUGAGAACAUCGCUAUGGCUCUUCUGCUGAGGGCGGCGGUGAGACGGCAGCUGUGGGGCAUCGCAAGGGGCAUGGCGGCUCGAUUGCAGCGGUAGGGAUCAAGGAAAACGACGGACGAACAAACAGACAGACAGACAGACAGACAGGCAGACGCAAAUAGUUCUGUGCAGCUUCCGUGCUCUGCCGCCGCGUGCUCGAGUGCUGCUGGACAUGAGCCGCGCUGAGCUCAUGGUCCAUCGUGUGACGACUGAGCGGUGGACCGAUGCAGCGACGGGAUUUCUGCUCUCGCGGAGUCAACAGAAGGAGGGGGAGCUCGACGAAAGGUGUGCUGCUGUGAGACUGCUCGAGCAGGUCGGCUGCUCCACAUGAACACACUUGCAAGUCUCUCACUCAUUGAGUGAAUAUAUCAUUGCCGCAUCUGCUGUGCAGUGCAUGACGGCGGCGACGCGCAUCCCGAAUGGCUAUGACCUGAUAGAGGAGUCGGCAUGCCUGCUGUGGCAGGCAGCCAUACCGCUCUGCAGACAAUCGCACAGACCCAAGAUCCAACGGGCGCUGCAGAAGGCGGUGGACGUGUUGGCUGACCUGCAGUCGACACUCCACGAGCUUCGCACGAACCUGCUCUUCCAACUCGCAAAGUGCGAAGUGAGCCACACACAUCGAGACACGGCAGAGACAGACAGCCAAACCAUGUCUCGCUUGCUUUGGUAGUUGUCGAAAGAUCUGUUGUCGAGCGCGCAAAGUCUGCUGGAGAAGGCGACGUGCAUCGAUGCGACGCUGCUGCCCUCCCAGGCCCCUGUGGCCCCACCUGAUCCGACCGCUCAUGAAGCGACAGAGUAUCUGCGGCCCCUCGAUCGCUACGUGAAGCCCCUGCAGCGGCAUUUGCACUGGAAGCUGGUUCUCUACGAAGAGCCGAGUGAAGCCACAGACAGAGCAGCGCUGCUCAUUGACCAGGUGGGAAGGUUGUGGAGAGAGAAACACGUCGUUCCGAAUGGCUUGUUUGUUCACCCUCGCUGCUGCAGAUGCGUGCGUCUCGCGACGAUGGAGUAGUCAAGACUUUGUUACAUCGCGUGGAUCAAGUGUUGUCGGGCGAGCUCCACCAGCUCAUGGAGAAACACCAACAGGACAAUCCGGAUGACCAUGAAGCUGCUGCAUCGCCAGAGCUCGCUGCAAAGCUCAAACGAGUGGUAAAGCACGGGAUUGCCAAUCCCGAAGCACGGGAUUGCCAAUCCCGUUUCUCUCCGAUGCUUUCCAAUUCUCCUACUUGGUGCAGAGCAUGUUGAUGUGCGACUUGGCCGAGCAGGCCUCUGCUAUCGGCGAACAUGAUUCUGACCUCCAGUAUGCGGGCCGCGCCCGCCUGCUGGUCGCCAAUCACAACGCGGUUAGUCGCGAGCUGUGGGAUGCGUCGCCGUACGCCGCGACAUGUGGCUCUCUCGCUGAGCUGGCCUUGCCGUCCGUCGAGCUCAGCGUCCCGCUGGACGUUGAGGUCGCCAUUGCCCUCGCUGAGGCCGCUUAUACACAGGUAACAUGGCAUGGGCGGGUGUGGACAAACAAACGGUCCGCUGGUAAUUGUUGUCAUCUUCGCGCAGGCUGCGUGCUUAUUCGAUAUGUUGUUGGAUGACUGGGAUGUGUGUCCUGGCGUGAUGGAGGAGGAGGUCGAUGCGUCGGCCACCAGCAGAAGGAGAUCCGUCGCCUUCGGCGGAGACGCGGUGUGUCUUAAGUCUGUCGUCCUGUCCACUGACGGGCUUGUCUCUCGUGUGUCAGGGCGAGCCAGAGGAGCCGCGGUUGAGCCCGGAGGAGCGGCAGAAAGUCAUGGACAUGAAGACACACCUCCUCAGGCACAUCGCAUUCGGAGUGCAAAUCAGGUAGAGCUGUUUGUGUAUGAGAGGCCGCAGCUGCAGACGUAAUAACUCCUGGCUUUUGGCUCGCUCAGUAUGGAUUUCGGUCAGCAGUGGCUGGCAUCCAAUGGGGCGGCUCACUUGUGGAACUUCCACAGAGAUGUGAUGGAGGGCGAGCUCGUCCAGCGGGCCAUGCCUUUGCUGAUCGACACGCUGCAGGUCAAUCGCUCGUCGAUGACAUGAUCGUCUGACUGUGUUUGGUGUGGCAUCGGUCGAUUGCAGAGCAUUCACGAGACACUGACGGGCCUACCUCUGGCCCAAGUCGACUCCCAGCUGUUGAUGAGCCUCACAACCCUGCACUGCAGAUGCCUACAGGUAUCCAUUCCGCAGUGAUACCCCUAUCUGUCUGCAUUUCUUCUCCCUUUCUCUGCACUCUCUGCAGCACAGUGAUCCUCCCAGAGUGGCUGAUGCCGAGACAGUUGCCCUGGCAGCCCUUCCCUUGCUUGAAGCCGCCCAGCGCAAGCAGCUGACCGAGUGCUUGUCAGACAUAUGCACCAGCGCUUCGCGGCCCGUCCCUGCCAUCCCCGCACCAGCGGGCGAGGGCGGUGGCGGCGGCGGUCCCGAUGUGGCCGGCAAGAAGGAUGCCGGCAAAAGUAGGAAAAAGGGCAGGGCGGAGGCGGCCUCACCGGUUGCCGCAGGGGCCAAGGGCAUGGAGGGGGAAGCCAUGAGAAUCAUGCAGGUAACCUGGUUGGAAGGUGAUGCUAUUGAUUGUGUGUGAUGGGUGUCAUGUCUAUGUCUUUCGUGUUGAGGUGUUAGGGCAUUGCUUCUGAGACAUCUCCGGAUGGUCGCAUGAAGCUUGCACAGCAGGCCUUAGGCCUGCUCAAGGGCAUGGAAGUCACUCAGGGCGACGAAGAAGAGGUGAGGCAGAAACACGUGCACAUUGGCUGUGAUCGAUUUCUUUCGCCCGGUGAUCAGCUGAGCCUGCACACGGAGCUAUUGGCGCGUCUCGGUCAGCACUGCCUGUCCAUUGGUACCAAGGACGGCGGCAAGCUCGGGGUCUCGGCAGCGCUGCACGCUCUCGGGGGCCCCGAUGAGUGCGAUAAGGCCCUGACGGUGCCGGCAAACGCCUCACCCCGUCGCCUCCACUGGAUGGGCGCCUGCCAUCACAUCAUGGGACGGGCCCUCGCCUCACUCAUUGACCCAGAGAGACAGGAGGAGCAGUCGAUAUUGAGUCUUCGCCAGUCGGCGCUGAAGCACUUCAUGGCUGCGUGUCAGUAUGCCUGCGCUAGCCACUCGAAGCGGUUGUGCGGGAGCGCUGCCUGUGGGCUGUGGAACGUUGCUGUUGGGCUGCUGAAGGAGGGACAGCGGGGCGAGGCAGUGGAGGCUUUGCAGCUGGCGGUGUCGUCCAUGGCGGCCGUGCAGCUGAAAGACCUCUAUGAGUUCAGGUGCACACACCAGACACACACACACACAGACAUCCCUUCCUUGUGUAUGUCUGUCACAUGAAUGUGUUUCUACAGAGUGAACAUGUAUGCUGCGUUGUAUGACUGCUACGCCGAGACCAGCAACUGGUCAGCGAUCGAUGCUGCGCUCGAUGAGGCCUUCAGGAGUCUGCCCACCGCACAUCACCGCCGCAUAUGGGCACUCAAGCUCCUCUCGCUCAGCAAACAGGUCCAUUGACACGCAACAAACAUCCCGACACACAUGUGUGUCUUGUCCGUGAUGGGCAGGGAAAGGAUGUGGUGAUAGCUAUGGGCAAGGUCAAGGAGAGCCAGGCCAACGUCCAGGCGAAUCUGUGGCUCACACUGGCACACUCCUACCCGAGCACACAGCACACCGCCCACAUGCACGCCUACCAGAAGGCCCUGGAGCUGCUCGAGGGCGCGCAGCAGCUCUCGGCCGUCGAAGUUCGCAUAGAAAUUGCCGACUGGCUGGUGAAUCCACACACCUUACACCCGGAUACACGGAUGGCCACUUGCGUGUCUCCAUCUCACUAGUUGCGGAACUACAUGGCGUUUGGUGCUGCCCGGGAUCAGCUGCAAGUGGCCAUCACGUCCCUGUACGAGAUAGAGGAGGAGGGCGAGGAGGAAGAAGGACCUGCAGAUGCGGCACAGGAAAGAAAGUGAGAAGCCAGCAGCGCACCACUGCACAGUAAACACGUAUCUCGGGUCAUGUUUGCAGGUCCAGUCACUCCAGGCGCAGCAGCAAAUCUGGAGUGUCACGCAAAUCGGGCAGGUAGGUAGCCUCGCGACGGCCCAAUUCUGACAGGCCAAAAAUGACGGAUUCUCAUGCUUUUCAGGUCAGUGUUGUCGAAGCGGUCCCGUCGGUCCAGCGGUUCAUCGAGAGACAGGCGGUCGGCCAAGUCGGCCAAGUCACUCAAGUCACGCCGGUCAUCCGCAUCCAUCUCUGCAUCGAAAAAGUCCGUUUUGUCGCGGAAGUCAUCCAAGAUCGAAAAGGCCGCCAGCAGCCAUCAUGAUGAAGACGCUGAGGUGAGGGCAGCUGGAGAGCAAGUCCUCUGUACUGUGCUUGUUGUUUCGCUCGGGUCUCGCUCUCUGUGUGGCAGCCUCCGAAUGUGCUGCAUAGCGGUCAUUACGAGAUGCUGUGUCGGGCGCUGGUUUUGGCGUCACGGGUGGCGCCGACAGGGGGCGAGGCCAUGCAGUUCGCUACGUCUGCCGUCCAUUUCAUCGUCCGGACCUUCGAAGUGGCGGGUAGGGGCACGCAGGCCGUAUCGUGCACGCUUUAUCGUCGUAUCACUUCCUGCUGGCGUGUAUUGCACAGCGCGCCAGGCCACGUCGAUCGAGCGGAGAGAGUACGAGAGGCUGAUAGAGGAGCGGCAGAAGGCCAAGAAGAAAGAGAUGCUCGAGAGCGGAGACAAACCUCCAGCCGAUGCUGGCGAGGACUCUGCGGUAAGCCGCAGUCGGCUUCCCCACAGCCCCUUUGUACACGUGUGUGUGUGCAGAGGGACGACAAUCUGCCGGAGGUUCCCGUGCCCCACAUGAUUCCCUCAACUCUCGAGGAUUGGUGCGAAUCGGGGAGGCGUCUGCUGCCUUCGUCCAUUGUGGAGGCGGUAAGGCGCAUGCAGUGGCUGGGUGACGUCCCGGAAGGGGCCGAGGUCAUUCUCUCCCUCAACAACGACCGCGUCUUCACCAGGCCUUCCCUGUCCCACUACGCCCUCUCCUCUCUCGAGCGCUAUCUCUUCGACCACGGCCUACACAGCUUCGCCCUCCCGGUGCUGCAAUUCCACCGCCACCUCGUGACGCAGAUCAGUCCACCCGACGAGGGUGAGACAGAUGCGCCGACAGCCACGCCCACGUCCACGUCUCCCCAGACCUCGCCACGAGACGAGGUGGGUGCCUUCCCCUUGGGUCCACUGCCGCCCGUCACGCCGCUGCAGGAGUGUGUCUCCGCCCUGGUGGAGCUGCGGAUGGCCAAGGCGGCACAUUUCUGUGGCGUCACGGACACCGAGCAGCAGGUGAGGUGAAGGGUGUGUGCAUGCGUGGCAGUGUGUGACGUGUUCCCUGUCAGAUUCUUGGCAAGGUGAGGCCUCUGUUGGAAGAGAAGAUCUCAAACCACAUCGAGACGUGGAAGGCCGCAAUGCCAACGAUGCCGUCCUCAUUCGACGAGACCACAGGGGACAUCGAAGUCGCUGAACCGCCAGCGGUGCUGACGGCAGGGGCAGAGCAGUGGGUGUGCAACGAUGUACAGCCUGCAGACGUGAGUGUAUGCAGCACGCAGCGACAUCCAUGUGUGGAUUUCGCUCUUGCAGGUGCUGGUUGAGAUCGCAGAUGAAUGCUGGCAACGAGGAAUGCUGCGCCAAGCCUCCUUCUUUGCGGAGGCGGCACACGCCCUGUCACCCAACGAAGCCGCUCGGCGACGGGCGAGUGUCAUGGUCGGCCGCAUAUGGCUUGCUGAGGGCCGCCACCGCACAGCGCUGCAAAGCACAGCGAGUGGGAUCACUCGCAGCCCCACGCCGUGUGCAGUGGAUGUCACUCUCGACGCUGUGGAGCUUCUCACGGUAAGCAGAAAGGGAGAAAGGAGUGGUGAAGCUUGAUUAAUGAUGGCGGCCCUGCUGCAUGCGCUAUGCCAGGACGCCUACACGCAAUCCGGCCGUGGCCCCUUUGCCGAGCAGCUCAUCUCGCAGACAGAAGCGGCACUGUCGAAGCUGACGCGGCCCAAACCACCAGCACAGGAGAGGACAUAUGCGCCUUCAUCUCCCGCGCCCUUCCCUCCCCCUCUCCCUGCAGUGGCCCAGUCCAGUCGCAAAGCACACACAUCUGCCGCCGCCCCAGUUGGCCGUCCCCCUCCCGGCUGGCCCUACCCACGUGCAGAGUGCCGGCUCCUCGUCAUGUCAAUCAUGCACAAGCUGCACCUGCUCGCCGCGCCGCAGAGUGUGCCGCUUUCGUCGGACUUUGUGAAGCACUGCAGCGAGGUGCAGGAGGGGAUGCAGCAGCUGCUGGACUGUGUGAUGCGUGGGGGGCUGUACUGGGAAGGCGUACAGUGCAUGGUGCGGUGUAUUCGGGCGGCUUUGGGGAUGGUGGAGGAGCGGAUCGAGGCCGCUGUGUGGCGAGACGUGGGCGCCAGCGGGGCCGUGGAGAGGUGGAGGUUCUACGAGAGCUACCUGCAGAGCAUGUUGGGGCACCUGGACGUAAGAGGGACACACACUCAGAUGAUGCACUGACAUGUCUUCCCUCAUUCAGGCUCUCAGGCCGGCUAUUGGACACCUUCUGCCGCUGAGCGCCCCCUAUCUGUCCCCCUCUGCCGACUCCCCGCCCACCAAGACGGCCACAAAGCACCUCAUCGACGAUUGGAAGGCCGUUCAAUGCCAUCUCAUCCGCCGCCUUGAAGAGGCACACAAGAAUCAGCGGCGUGUCAGGGACGGGCGAAUGUGGCGGCGUGUGAUUCUCCGGCCUGCAGAGGUGGAUGAGAGUGAUCUUGGGGGGAUGACUGCGGAGGGGGACGGAGAGAACAGUGUGACCAAGUGGCUGCGGGCGACUGCGUUGGAGCUGGAGAAGGCUCGAGCCACUGGCAAGGUGGCUGUGUCCCUCGACGCGGCUGGGGAGAAAAAGGAAGUCGCGACAAAGGACACUACCUCACGUACGGCUGCCUUCGCUUGCUGGGACACGCUCACAGAAUGGUGUCUGUGCGUGUUCUGUGUGCAGCUGCCGCAUUCACCAUGACGUCUGACCCUCUGAUCUCCACACCCGCCACACGCUACGCCCGCGGCCACUCUCGCGCCGAAGACGCCCUCCUCUCCCUGUCCGACACAUCCGUUCCCACCCCACCUCAGGCCUCGCAGUGCGGAGUCAUCCAGGGCUCCUCCCUUCUUCUGCAAGAGCCAUCCUCCGAGACUGCACCAGCCGUGAUGCGGCAGUCUGUGUGGUUGCAUCCGGUGUAUUGCCGCGUGUUGGCGGAGAAAGCGGCGCUGCAGCUGAGUGUGUGGCGCGGAAAGGAAGCGAGGGGAUGGGUGCAGGCGGAGGACGAGGCGCAAAGGCCGCUGGAUGGAAAGAGGCUGCACGUGUGGGAGAGCAUGUCUACAGAGGAAAUCGAGCGGAAGUGCAUGGAAGUCGAAGACAGACUCAGCAAAGCGGCAGAGGUGCGCAAAUCCCACACAUAGUAAGUACACUAACGUCAUUCCUUCCUGUCUCUCUCCUCGCAGAUGGCUGCCGGCUCUCGAGCAGAGGAGCCUUUGUUACCUGACGACUCCUCUUCUGCACCUGUGCCUCCUCGGCUGAAGGGUUCUGUGGUGUCAAUCGGCAAUCCGAUCACAGAAGUGCCUCCGGGGUGGAGGGAAGCAGCGGCGGCCUACCAUGACGCAGCCAUACAGAGAUGCCUUGCCAUGAGGCUCUUCCGAGAGGUGAGUGGAUGGAUUGCUGGGGAGGGAGACAUGGGUGCGGACAUCGAUGUCGUGUGUCUGCAAGGCGUCGUUGACGGCGAUGCAUUUGGCGGUCGAGGGCACCGGCAACUGCACUUCGGCAGAGAGGCAGCUGUCCUUCGCAGCUCUCACCAUCAAACAGGCAAAGAAAGCCACCUGGCCGUUGCUGUGUCUUGUUCCAAUGUUGCGCUGCCCUCUCUUGCAGUCGAGCGAGGUCUGCGAGGAGGUGUUGCACCUGUGCCGCGCCGGUGGUGCGAUGGCCCCCGACCACCCCGACAUGGUGCUGCUGGAGAGGCUGGGGGCCAUGGAAGUGGAGUGGAGGGACGCAUCCACCCUCGACGCAUGGGGCAACAUCGAAAGAUCGCUGUGCCAGAAGUCGCCCCUCUACACGAUGCUUCAGUGCUGGCAGCUGAGCGUCCCACAGCUGUGCAACGACAUGCUCCCGAGGUCACUGAUGGUCAUGUCGCUCCAGCUGCACGACGGCCACCUCUACGCCGCUGUGGCCGUCACGCCACCGAUGCCCGAGCAGACAGGGGGAGGGGGAGGGGGGAAGGGCAAGGAGGCCAAGAAAGACUCCAAGAAAGACGCGAAGGGGAAGGCCGCAAGCCCACUGCCGACAGAGGAACUGGUGAGGUAAUUGAAGCACUCGGCGUGUGUGCACACAUAUGGAUGGCUUCUUCCUGUGUCUACAGCCCCCUCCCGAGACACGGUAUCGUGUGUACCGUCUUCCGCUCCCGCCCUCUCUCCUGCUGGACCGCAUCGACGGCCUCAAUGAGGCGGCUGCAGCCAUGCGGACUCACCUCGUCUUUGCCGACCACGUCCCGACAACAACACAAAAUCGCACGCAGGAGGUCCUGGAUGCUGUUGACAGGCUGAUUUCGCCCAUUAUGCACUUCAUCGAGGCUGAUUUCUGGCCCCUGGGGCGGUUCUGGCAGCACUCCCUGUCGCCCACGCAUCUGCUGUACCUGCCCUCGCGUGAGCUGCGGGGGCUGCCUUUCGAGCAGCUGGCAUGUGUCAAGGGUAAGCAAGCAGAUCCGUUUGAAGAGAGGGGUACAUGUUCUGCUGCGCUGUCUGUGUGUGCAGGCAUGUUUGGUCACAAUGUGACGCGUGACUUCUCGCUCCACCUCUUCGUGCACCGGAUGACCAUGCCUCUGCUGCAGUCCAACCACGAGGAGGCCAUUACGGCCUUCCAGACGGCCAUGCGCUCAUCCACAGUGGAGACGCUCACCAUGCCCGAGACACAAGUGGAGAGGAACAAGGUCACUCUCGUCUCCGAUCCAUACAAUGAGGACACCCUCAACACCGACGGAGAGACCCUCAUCGACACACACAAGCGGAUUGUCCAGUCCGAGAACCUCUCAUCUCCCUUGCACUUCACCGGCGACACCUACACGCCAUCGCGUGACGACUUCAACCGCAUUUUGAUGGAGUCCAGCGGCCUUGUCUACACGGGCUUCGGCCGCGUGCUGAGUGCGUUUGGCGGCAGCAAGGUGGCAGGGAAUCUCCACCUUGGGCACAUGAAGAUGGUGGCUUUGCUGGUCAUGGCGUCCAACGACGCUGCCGUCAGGAGGUAUGCACAGUGUGCCUGCGGAGGUGUGUGUGGGAAAGAAUGAUUGGGCGCGUCUCUGGGUUUCAGGCAGACGAAGAGUGACUCGACUAAAACGCUCGCAGAGCUGAAGACCGACCAGGCACACGCAACUGCCCUCCUGCUGUCGUUCAGAGGUAUGACAGCGAUGAGAGACACCAUCUGAAUGUCUCCCGUGUCCCUUGCCCGAGUACAGGAGUGAGAAGUGUGCUGAGUGUAAUUAGCCCGGUCCCGACAUUGCUCAUCCAGAAGGCCGCCGACAGCCUUGUCACGUCAAUGGCCAAGAACAAAGAGCCCGUCUUCGCUGCAAGGUGAUUUAUACAAACACGUGGAUGAAUGCACUGCACGUGUCUCUCGUGACCUUUGCUGCCUGUAUGCACCAGGAAGAGCCUGCUGCAGCAUGAAGUGCCAGUGGUGGAGCGGUAUCAGCGCAUCGGCCAGACCGAGGCAGCACAGCUGCCCCCCGACAUGGCAGAGGCGCCCCAAGGAGACGACAGUGGUAGUGAAGGGGAGAAGACGGCCCUGUUGUUCGACGCCUACAGCGCCUCAUCGUUGGUGUGUUACGGGCUGCCGUGGGUGCGGGUGGCGGUGGGGGAAGCUACGGGGAAGGGCGGGGCAGGCAAGGGCAAGAAGUGAGUGACAAUCUACGUAUCGAUGCGUUCAUAUGAACGGCGUUUGCAUGCCUGGCCGGUGGAG